UAUGUUUUUGUUGGUGGGUUUGCUUUUUAUUUGGUUAGAACCAAAUCCUAGGCAUUUGUACACUCUUAUUUGAGCUGGAGUCCAUGUCAAGGAAGAGCAAACACUCUCAAAAACUCACAUUCCCAUAAGGAGAGAGAGUUUUGAAACCCCUAAAUUAUGCAAACCCAAGAAGAAAAGUUUGGAAUUUGAGGCAAAUGUCCACCAAAUUCCUCUUCUUCCCCUUCUUCUUCUUCUUCUCUCUCUCCUCUUGUGCUGCAACUACCCAUGAAGAAGCUUCAAUUCUUCUCUCAUGGCUUCACACUUCCUCUUCCCCUGUUUCCCCUGUUUUGUCCGAUUGGAAUGUCCGUGACUCAACGCCCUGUAACUGGACCUCCAUUACUUGUUCUCCUCAAGGCUUUGUCACUCAAAUCAACAUCAUUUCAAUCCCUCUUCAUCUCCCUUUCCCUUCAAAUCUCUCCUCUUUUCACUCCCUUCAAAGGCUGGUAAUUUCUGAUGCUAAUCUCACCGGCCCCAUUCCUUCCGACAUUGGUGAUUGCACUGAGCUCACACUCAUUGAUUUGAGCUCAAACAACCUUGUCGGAACAAUCCCAACAACCAUUGGAAAGCUCGAGAAGCUUGAGGAUUUGAUCUUGAACUCCAACCAGUUGGCUGGGAAAAUCCCAUUUGAGCUUACCAAUUGUAAGUCCCUCAAGAACUUGCUCUUGUUUGACAAUAAACUGAGUGGAGGAAUCCCUUCUGAUAUGGGAAAAAUGAGGAAUCUUGAGAUUCUUAGAGCUGGUGGAAACAGAGAUAUCAAUGGAGAAAUCCCAUAUCAGAUCGGAAAUUGCAGAAAUCUAACCAUUUUGGGGUUGGCUGACACUAGAAUUUCAGGCCCUUUGCCUAAUUCUUUAGGCAAACUUGAAAAGCUUCAAACUUUAUCCAUUUACACCACCAUGAUCUCCGGCGAGAUUCCGCCGGAGCUAGGCAACUGUUCUGAGCUUGUCAACAUGUUUAUUUAUGAAAAUAGUCUCUCUGGUUCAAUACCAAAGGAGAUUGGUAAGCUGCAGAAGCUUGAGCAGCUGUUUCUAUGGCAGAAUGAGUUAGUUGGGACAAUCCCACCUGAAGUUGGUGACUGUUUUAGCUUGAAAAAGAUUGAUCUUUCUUUGAAUUUUCUUUCUGGGGCAAUUCCUUCAACAUUAGGAGGUCUUCCUUUCCUUGAGGAGUUCAUGAUUAGUAGCAAUAACGUGUCGGGUUCGAUCCCUUCGAAUCUUUCGAAUGCUACGAAUCUUUCGCAGUUGCAGCUUGAUAGCAAUGAGAUUUCUGGUUUGAUCCCUCCGGAGUUGGGGAUGUUAAGGAAUCUGAAUGUGUUCUUUGCCUGGCAGAAUCAGCUGGAAGGAAACAUUCCAUGGAGUUUGUCGAAUUGUUCAUAUCUUCAAGCUCUUGACUUGUCUCAUAAUUCAUUGACAGGCAGUGUUCCUCCUGGAUUGUUUCACCUCAAGAACUUGACUAAUCUUUUGUUGAUUUCAAAUGAUAUCUCUGGUACAUUGCCACCUGAUAUUGGUAACUGCAGCUCUCUUCUCCGAAUGCGGCUCGGGAACAAUCGGAUUACAGGGGAGAUCCCGGCGUCGAUCGGUGCGUUACGGAGCUUGAAUUUCCUUGAUUUGUCAGGAAAUCAUCUUACAGGAUCAUUGCCUGCUGAGAUUGGGAGCUGUGGAGCUUUGGAAAUGAUUGAUCUAAGCAGCAAUGAGCUGAAAGGCUCAUUGCCUGAAUCACUGUCUUCACUGUCGGAGCUUCAAGUGUUGGAUGUCUCAUCCAACAAUUUUGUUGGUCGGAUUCCAGCUAGCUUAGGACAGCUUGUUUCUUUGAAUAAGCUCAUUCUAGCUAGAAACUCUUUUUCAGGAACAAUUCCCACAUCGCUUAAACUCUGUUCAAAUCUCCAACUACUUGAUCUCAGCAGCAAUCAACUCACCGGGAACGUACCGGUCGAGUUGGGUUCGAUCGUAUCGCUCGAGAUCGCUCUCAACCUUAGCUGUAAUGAGCUGACUGGUUCAUUGCCUUUUGAAAUGUCUGGACUUAAUAAGCUGUCUGUUCUUGACCUUUCACAUAACAGUCUUGAAGGUGAUUUGAAACCGCUUGCAGGGCUUGACAAUCUUGUAUUGCUUAACAUUUCUUUCAAUGAAUUCAUUGGUUAUCUUCCGGACAACAAGCUUUUCAGACAGCUAUCACCGACCGACUUAGCUGGCAACGAUGGUCUCUGUUCGUCUCUUAAAGAUUCGUGUUUCGUAACGGAUUCAGAUAGAGAAGGACUUACGAGUGACGGUGAUGAUACAAUGAGAUCACGAAAGUUGAAGCUAGCCAUUGCAUUGCUUAUUGUCCUGACAUUUAUGAUGAUAGUAAUGGGGUUGAUUGCGGUGGUUCGAGCACGAAAGAUGAUUCGAGACGAGGAUUCGGAGAUGGGAGAUACUUGGCCUUGGCAAUUCAUACCAUUCCAAAAACUGAAUUUCUCUGUUGAGGAAGUGUUGAGGCUUCUUGUGGAUGGCAAUGUGAUCGGCAAAGGGUGUUCGGGGAUGGUUUAUCGAGCAGAAUUGGAUAACGGGGAAGUGAUUGCCGUGAAGAAGCUAUGGCCAACAAUGAUGGAAAUAGAUAAUAGCGACGAUAAAUGUCGAAUAAGGGAUUCGUUUUCGGCCGAGGUUAAAACUCUAGGCUCGAUACGUCACAAGAACAUCGUGAGGUUCUUGGGAUGUUGUUCGAAUCGAAACACGAGAUUGUUAAUGUACGAUUAUAUGCCGAAUGGUAGCUUGGGAAGUCUUUUACAUGAGAGAAAUGGGAAUGCUUUGGAAUGGGAUCUAAGAUACCAAAUCUUACUUGGUGCAGCACAAGGCCUUGCCUAUUUGCACCAUGAUUGUGUCCCUCCAAUUGUUCAUAGGGACAUUAAGGCCAAUAACAUUCUCAUCGGUCUCGAAUUCGAGGCCUAUAUCGCCGAUUUUGGUCUAGCCAAGCUUAUCGACAACGGAGAUUUCGGUAGGUCAUCCAACACAGUUGCGGGCUCUUAUGGAUACAUUGCUCCUGAAUAUGGUUACAUGAUGAAGAUAACCGAGAAGAGUGAUGUCUACAGCUACGGUGUUGUGAUAAUCGAAGUCUUAACAGGAAAACAACCGAUCGACCCAACGAUACCGGAUGGACUACACAUAGUGGAUUGGGUGAGAAGAAAGAGAGGGAACGAAGUCCUUGACCCGAGCUUGCAAUCGAGACCGGAGACAGAAAUAGAGGAGAUGAUGCAAGUUUUAGGCAUAGCGUUAUUGUGUGUAAACUCGACACCGGACGAGCGACCGACGAUGAAAGACGUGGAGGCGAUGCUGAAAGGAAUCAAACAUGAAAGAGAAGAGUAUGCAAAAGUUGAUAUGUUGCUCAAAGGUGGGGCCUCCCCUACAAAUGGAGGGCAAGAGAAGAACAACAAGAGCUCAAAUAAUGGCAAUGGAGUUGGAAUUGAAUCAUCUUCUUCAAAAUUGUCAACCAGAAGCUUACUCAACACAAGCUUUUCUGCUUCCUCGUUGAUCUAUUCAUCAUCAUCCUCUAAUGGCAGAGAUAGUUAAUUUUUUUUUUUUUUUUUUGGUUUGUAAAAAGAAGAUUGAAUGAUGCUGAAGCUAAAAGUUGGAAUCUCGUUUAUUCGUACGCUUCUUCGUCGAACAAAAAUUUGGUGUCAAUCAGACAUCAUAUGACACUCCACGUUGAUGUAUGAGUUUGUGUCAUUUUUACGUGUCUGGGUGUUAGAUUAAGUAUGUCUUAGAAUGUACUGUAGGUGGAGACAUGAUGUUGGUUCUCUGACACUCCUUGGCCUCGUGGCCUAAGUGAGCCACUCGUGAUGCAUAUAUGUGUCAUGAAGUGGGAGUGGGCAAGUAUUGCACGAUGAGGGUCUUGCACGUUUCACUUCGGGAAUGAAAUUUUAAUGACAGUGUUAGGUAACACGGGUGUGUCGACA